AAUUGAGAAUAAUGAGUUGACAGAGAAUACCACUUUGAUCAAACUGACUCCAUUUGAAUCUGACAGUUUUCGAUGUAAAAGUGUUUCUCGUAGCAACCAACAAUCCAGGGCUUCAACUGGACGCUGUUAUCCAGUCUACUUGUGUGAUUUGAGUGCCUCUAUUUGAUCUGAUCUGUUGGGCUGUGUUGGGAUGUCUUCUUCGUUUGGGGAGAGAUACAGCUACUUCAAACAAGUGUUGAGUCCCAUUUGGCUGUUCAAGUCUGAGAAGGAACUCCAGUUGGCCAAAGAGAUUGUCAACACACCGGGUGUUCCGAACGAGAGGGUGUCUGUGGCUGAUGUGAAGUGGGCCAGGACACUGUAUGCGUCUGCAUUCCACCCGGACACUGGACAGGUGAAUCCGUUGAUUGGCAGGAUGAGUUUCCAGAUACCUGGCAACACCAUAGUCACAGCACUCAUGCUCACCUUCUACCGCUCUCCCCUGCAACAGGUGUCCAUGCAGUUCAUCAACCAGUCCUUCAUGGCAUUCUGCAACUACACCAACAGAAACGCCCAAGCCCCACUCUCCAAUCAACAGGUGUUGUUGGGCUACUUGAGUGCCACGGGCACUGCAGUGGGAGUUUCCUUCCAGCUGAGCAGAGUGGCAGCCAAGGCCACCAACCCCCUCAUGGCCAAACUGGUUCCCUUCGUGGCGGUGUGUGCUGGCAACAUGGUCAAUGUGCCUCUGAUGCGCCAGCAGGACUUCCUGGAGGGCAUCCCAGUCAAUGACUCGCCCCUGGAGCAGGGGGGUGGCAGCAACAGACUGGGCCAGUCAAGACAGCUGGGGGUUAUGUGUCUGGCCCAAGUGGUGGCCACUCGCAUCUCUGCAGCCAUACCCAUCAUGGUCCUCCCCCCUCUAGUCAUGAACUAUCUCAAUAAGUCUGCAGAGAGGAGAAACAUACAGGUGCACAAGAAGUCGUUCGGCCGACCACUUUGGGUCCUGUUUGAGGCGUCUCUGAUUGGAGUGUGCACGUACAUGGUACUGCCUCUGGCUGUAGCCCUAUUCCCCCAACACAGUUCAAUCUCAAUAGACAAGUUGGAGAGGCCACUUCACAGACAGAUAAAAGAGACACAUCCUAAUGUGCAAGUGGUCUACUACAACAAGGGACUCUGAUUAUCAUUAUCUUUGUUCACUUCCUUUUCUGUUAUACUCCCCGAAUUUGAGGUUUUAGUUGCUUCCCAAACUGUUGUAUCAAAGUGCUUGCGUGAGUCUGAUUAUUUCUUGGCUGUUUAAAACUAAAGGAAAGUUUGAAUUUUGGCUUUAAUAAAUCAAAAACACCUUUCAUGAUUAUGAUUUUGUGUCAAUAAAAGUAUGGGUGGUCAUGGAGACUGGUUGGUUGAAUGUGUACUGAAUGAUAAUUAUUUGUACAUUUUGUUACUGUUGAUAUUAGGGAAAUUGGAAUAAAAUAUGGAGAUGAUAACUUUGGUGAGAGUGGUACCAUGAUAAUUUGAGCAAGAAAACCUUUAAAACAAGAGCCGAAAGAUGGAAGUAGUUG